UUCGCGGCAUUAUUAUUGUUUCAACCCCAGCUUUCCGAGCUAAUUUUCUAUCCACACAGCUCUAAAUAAGUGUGCGUCCAUCGAGCCGCAGCUCCCCACGUCGACAACUGUCCAUCGCGGAGGAAUCCUUUGCCCAUGGCAUACGUUGUGCCGACCACUUCCAAACUUUCUUAUCAUUAUGCCAAGUUUACGACCGGUCUAUUCCGAUGAUACUGCAAUUGCCGCAAUGAUGGAAAAAGAGGCUGCUUUUUUGUCAUCGACACCCCUGGAAAGAUAUAUAACUCAUUCGCUGCAAACCAGCUGGUUUGCCUUUCACGCUCACACAAUCUAAAACCAUGCUUCGCGUUCUCUGCUUCUGCGGUUUUACAGGGAACAAGUAUAUCUUUGCCCAGGAACUUUCACGUCUUCGAGCCUUAUGUGCCGACAGUGUCGAAUUUGUAAUCCUCGAACCGCCCAUGAUCGUUCAUCCCGUCGAUUUCCCUCUUGAGUUCCAAGCUGCAAGGGAGUCAACAGGAUGGACGAUUGAGAGAACUGUAGAGACGACACCCAGGGCGUGGUUUGACGGUGGUGCAGAUUGGCACGGUGAUAGAGGUUUCACCGACAGCGUGGCGUACGUUCACAAGUUCCUCACUGAAAAUGAACCUUUUGAUGGCUUCUUGGCAUUCUCUUCGGGAGCAACAUUGGCUUUUGUAGUUGUGGCCCUUCUAAUGAAGGGCGCUCAACAUUCAGACCGCUACUUCCCUUUCCACCCAAGACUCCAAAAACCCAGGUUCUUCAUCAACACAUCUGGCUUCUUCAUAGGCGGCCACUCGACGCCUCAUCCUUCUUACGCCCCUCUCUUCCCGCUGCCAGCUUCGUUCCCGACCCUGCACGUUAUCGGCAAGAAUGAUACUAUUGUCCCGCAUGUUGAGACCGAGUUUAUGACGAAGAUGUGCUUGAAUAAGAGGGUCGAGUGGCACAUGGGCGACCAUUUUGUGCCCAUGAAAGCCUCCUGGAGAGGUUUCUUCAAGGAUUACAUCGAAUCGUUCCUCCCUGGUGGCGCCGACGGGGAGGGCAUACCUCAUCCUAACGAAUUCUCGCCUUCUGUCAUCUCCCAGCUCCGAUCAGUGAGGAUCCAGUCUCAACUCGAUAGUGGCUUUAUGCUUCCCUCCGUCGCCCACGUCUCGGCAGAAAAGGGGCUCAACCAAAAUUCCCGAGUCAGGUUAGUGAUCGCCCCCUUGCAGGUCAAGACCGUGGGUGUCCCCGUGUAUGUUCUGAAUCAGGGAGUUGUGUAGAGCGCGGUUGUGGCGUUUGCCAGUCCUCAUGGCCGUUUUGUAAAAGUGCCCUGUUCUCUUUCUUGGGUUCCAAGUGUAUCGCAUUUAACGAUUAGAUGACAACCAUGAAUGACCUCUGGAGCGCUCCACAAUGUUCACAAGCCAUAGGAGACAGCGUUGUCGCUUUUGACCAUCAUAGAAAUUGCUCGCUGGUGCAUUCGCCAGUUCCCA